AUGACUCGCUCACAGUCCUCAGCGUCCACGGCCGACGACCCCGCCGAGAACACGGCCGACGAGGAGGAUUCCGAAGAUUACUGCAAGGGCGGCUACCAUCCCGUCCAGAUCGGCGAGAACUUCAAGGACGGCCGGUACACGGUGGUGCGCAAGCUGGGAUGGGGCCACUUCUCGACCGUGUGGCUGUCGCGCGACAACAACAACGGCAAACACGUUGCGCUCAAGGUGGUGCGGUCCGCCACGCACUACACCGAGACGGCCGUCGACGAGAUCAAGCUGCUCAAUAAGAUUGUCCAGGCCAAUCCCGACCACCCCGGCCGCAAGCACGUCGUCAGCCUGCUGGACUCGUUUGAGCACAAGGGCCCCAACGGCACCCACAUGUGCAUGGUCUUCGAGGUGCUGGGCGAGAACCUGCUGGGCCUCAUCAAGCGCUGGAACCACCGCGGCAUCCCCAUGGCGCUGGUCAAGCAGAUCACCAAGCAGGUGCUGCUGGGCCUGGACUACCUGCACCGCGAAUGCGGCAUCAUCCACACCGACCUCAAGCCCGAGAACGUCCUCAUCGAGAUUGGCGACGUCAAGCAGAUUGUCAAGAGGGUCCUGCCCCAGGGUGCCGACAAGGACGAAAAGGAAAACAACCGCAACGGCCGCAGAAGGCGCAGGACUCUCAUCACAGGCAGCCAGCCGCUGCCGUCUCCCCUCCACGGCAACUUUGAAUCCUAUUUGCACGCCCCAUACUCGAGCAUGGAUCGAGCCUCUGGUAAGACGGAAGCGGGUAAGCAAAAAGAUGAUUCUCUUAAGGCCGAUGACGCUCACAACAAGAGAGAAAAGUCUGCCUUUGCCGCUGUUGGCCUUUCCUUUGUUGUCAUGUAUCUAACGUCAAGCACCGCUGCCAGUGACCUGUUGUCUCGCGAAGUCUCAGGAAUCUCUCUCAACACCCCGACGACCGAGGAUGGCCAUGACGUGAUCAGCGUCAAGAUUGCAGAUCUGGGUAACGCGUGCUGGGUUAACCACCACUUCACCAAUGAUAUCCAGACGCGACAAUAUCGGUCCCCGGAGGUGAUUUUAGGAGCGAAAUGGGGAGCAAGUACGGACGUGUGGAGCAUGUCUGCCAUGGUCUUUGAGCUGAUUACGGGCGACUACCUCUUCGAUCCUCAAUCGGGCACAAAAUACGGCAAGGACGACGACCACAUUGCGCAAAUCAUCGAACUGCUUGGCCCCUUCCCGCGCUCUCUCUGUCUUAGCGGCAAGUGGAGCCAGGAGAUCUUCAACCGCAAAGGCGAGCUGAGGCACAUUCACAGACUGAGGCACUGGGCGCUGCCCGACGUCCUGAAGGAGAAAUACCAUUUCAAAGAGGACGAGGCGAAGCGCAUCUCCGCUUUCCUGACUCCGAUGCUGGAGCUCGUGCCCGAGAAGCGAGCAAACGCCGGCGGCAUGGCCGGUCAUCCAUGGCUGGACGAUACCCCCGGCAUGAAGGGCGUCAAGAUUGAGGGGCUGGAGGUUGGGGGCCGCGGCGAGGGCAUCGACGGCUGGGCGACGGAGGUGCGGAGGCGAUGA